CAACAGAGCUGAGCUGAGCCCGCAUACCACUGCUGCUGACUGAUGUGAUCCCACACACACACACAAAGGCACACUCUCUCUCGUCACACACACUCAUCAUACCACACUCAUAGCGGCACUGAAACCCCAGACCAGUGCAGGGAGAUGCUACCGGCUGGCAACCACUGACAUCCACACACUGCACCCUCUCCCCUGGAGAUCACAACACACUCCUACUUCACAGAGGAAGGCCACUUGACAAGAGACACUACAUUGACCUCCAGCAGUUAGACUGUACCUGAUCCUACAUCCUACAAAGAAAGGGGAACCUGACUCUGAGUGGAGCAAGAAAAAAGGAGCAAUCAUACCCCACCACUGAAACACAACCCACUGAACCAAGAAACACAGGGGCUGACGGCCGUCUCUGGCUGCUUGGGAACAGAGGCAGGAUGCUGGCGAAAAUCCUUGAGGACAUGUGGGUGGAACCGGAGGUGCUGGAGGCCCUCAGUGAGGAGCAGAAGAGGAUCCUGUUCCUAAAAAUGAGAGAGGAGCAGGUACGCCGCUGGAGAGAGCGUGAGGAGAGGGAGGAGAAGGAAGGAGGAUACAACAACAUCAGGCAAAAGAAAGCUUCCAGUAAACAUGUGAGGUGGCUGCUCGGUCGGGACGGGGAUGUGAGCGUCAGUAUAAUCGGAGAGGUGGACGAAUUCAGGUCCUCCAAACUCCUCCAGAGCCUCAUGAACAACAGACUCCACAGUGAUAAUAUGAAUGGCAUCCAGACAGUGGACUUGCUGCCAGGAAGAGAGGCCCGGGAGCUUGGCUUUAAAGAAGAAAUCCAGCUGCCCCUCGCAGAUGUUAGCGAUUAUCCAGCUUCAUCGUCUGAGGAGGACGUGGACUCCUGCAGCGCUGAUGACGACCUGAAGGACCCCACGGAGGACAGCGACAGUGAAUCAGGCAGCAGCUCAGACAAUCUCAGCGACUGGGCUCCUCUCUACAGGCCCCAUCUUAGUAGCCAUGGCAACCAGCCGCCGCUCAUAGCCCAGCUGUCAGACACAGCGAGAGCUGACCCACAAGACAGAGAGAUCAUGCGUUGUGAAGAGAAAAAGUCAGAAUAUGGAGGUCGCGUAGCGCAGCUCAGGAGGGCAUUCACAGAUGAUCUUCACAGCACAACACCUGCCUACACCAAACCUCCUAUACCUGCCAAACCUGCUUACCUACAGAAAAGAAGCACACCCUUGGUCCAUUAGGACCCCAGGUGUAUCCACUCGACUACAAGGCAACACUUGACCUGCACUGAGUGUAACAAACCCUGUGCAGAAAUAAUGGCUCAGUGACAUACUGUUGGACCAGGCGGUGGCCUCAUGCAUGUGAAGAAGAAGGUCCUUAUUUGAACCUGAGCAGUGAACUGAGAUUCACUUUAUUAGGCCCCAAUUCAAGGGCUGACUCAUAGACAGAGAAAUGUCUGGAGGGUGGAGUGAGAGAAAGACUUGAAAGCUUUUAAAUCAAAGUCAACCUGAAUGAUAAAAUGAAACAGCUUUGAUGUUGCUGAGUUCAAAUACACUCAUAUAGUUUUUGUGAUUGACAGGCAGACACAGAGCGAGAUGUCCAGAGAGACAUACACUCACAGACUGUUGACUAUUGGUGAAAAAACACAGUUUUAUUAUCAAAAUGUCUUAAGAGGUUAUUUACAACCAAAACUUUAAUUCGAUAAAAUUAUAUUCAUUUCUUCUGUACUGUUUAAAAAGUUGAAAUUAUUUUCAAAUUUGUUCAUGUAACUUGUCACUGUGUCGUUUUAACAUCACUAACAAACACCAGUGUUGACAACAUCUUCAUCCAUCAUCUCAACAAUCAACAAUCACACUGGUGCAGGUGUUUGUAGAUAAAAUAAAAAGACUGAAUUCAUGGUAAAAGAUAAACAGACUGUAUUUGUGCCUCUAUGCCUGUAUACUGAGAGUACAUGUACCUCAGACCAUUCACUGACAAUAGCACUGAGUAGCUCAUCAGGAACAGUUGGCCUUUCUGUGUCCUGCUCAUGAACACCUCCACAUUUUGUUGGGAAGAAAUCAAACCACCAACUGGGCAAUUACCAAAGUGCUCUAUACUAUAUUAUGUGCCUCCUAUAACUUGAACAAUCUGUUUUCUAUAUAAUUUGUGCUGUUCUUUGUUUGAAUGAUUGAACAGGCUACAAUGACGUCACAACACUGUUUGUACAAAUUUGUGGGAAAUCAUAGAGUGGUCCUACAGUGCAGUUUUUGGACAUUGACACCAUGUUAAUGUAGUUGUUUUGGAUUUAAGUAAGUAACUAUGAAGUAGCUUAAAAUGGAUGGUGUUUACCUGCUCAGGAGCUAAUGAACUAUAGCUCUUUUUGCUAGCAAUGCUAGCAGUGUGGCUCAAGGGAUGGUUGACUUAAAUAUUUCAGCAACUAUUGCAUGGAUUGCAACAGAGAUUUUCUUCAGACAUCCAUAUUCCCCACAGGAUGAUGCACGUAAAGCUGUUUUUGUGCUAAUUACCAAAUGUUAGCAUGCCAACAACUAACAGUGAACAUAGCAAGAAUUCUACCUGCUGAACACCAACAUGUUAGCAUUGUGAGUGUGUUAGCAUGUUUAUAACAGCAUUUAGCUCAAGGCACCAAGCACAAAGUAUAGAACCACAGAGCGGACCAAAAUAAAAAAGUAAGAUAGAUUUUAAUCAACAUGUUUCAUUGACCUUGUAAAUUCUGUGUUGACCUUAGAAAUAGCAAUUUGAUAAAAACAAUUCUUAUCACAUGGUCUACUUACAUUAUCUUAAUGUUUUCAGUUAUCACAUGACCAAAAGUUCAUUCUUAGGUCAUGUUAAUGGAGCUAAACCAUUUCCAUGACAACUGGGCAAACUCCAUUCAAUAAUGACGGCCACAAUAUGUGGCUAAAAGCCUUGGAAACCAAGUAAGUGGACUUUGUCCUUGUAGUCAAUGACUUUCUGAAGUCUCCAACCCACAGACAUCAACAGACACUUCCAUUGUUAUCCAUUUUGGGGCCUUUUUGCCUUCAGUCUGGUCCUCAGCAAAUGAAGCACAUGAUCCUUUGGGCUGAGGUCAGCUGACAGGGUGUGGUCAGGUGACUGAAUUGGCUAGGCAAGAGAAAUGAACUUUUCUGGCCCUUAAAGCCAGCUAUGUUUAGAAUGACUGACCUGCACAGUCAUAAAAUUGGAGGGACUGUGUAUAAAAAGAGCUCCAGUUCCUAUUCUGGUCAGCCAAUUUGGAUGUGAACACCCUCAAACAUAGCUUUGAGUCAGCACUUUAACCCCAUGGUCAUUGUUUCAUUUCAGUGGUGUGCUGGGAGUACAGAUCUAAAACAAUGAAAAACGUGACCCUCACAUAUAUUUAGACUCCACUGCAGCUUUAAAGGGGCAUCAGAUGCAAGACACUGCAGGAAAACACAAAAUCACUCUUGUAAGAAUAUGUCUUACCAUGAGAGUUAUAAUAGUGCUUCAUUUUUUAGGUUUGGAGUGUUUGAACUGCAGUUACUUCCUAACUAUUUGGUCACAUGUUCUCUUUACUUGGUCACUAAUUCUUUGCUAAAACCCCUGCUGACACUUUGACUUUUGUAUUUUACAUUGUAUUUGUAUUUGUAUUUGUAUUUGUAUUUGUAUUUGUAUUUGUACUGUUUUUUACUUAAUGGGAAUAUGUGCCUGGUGUUAUUGGUGUGAAAAAGAAAAAAUGAAAGAAACUGAAAUACUG